AUGAACUCGGCCGUCUACCACGUCUCGACGCUCCAGAUCGCUGACCAGAUCUGCAUCUGGGACUUUGGCCGAUGGCCCAUCACAUACUCGCACCAUGGCAUCGUCUACACGCGCGGCGAGACGCCCGACGACGUCAUUGUGGCCCACACGUGGAGCCCGCUCCAGAACUUUGCCGAGUCGCAGGCCGACUCGUGCUUCCGCCUCACCACGCUGACGCAGUUCUUGGAUGGCCGCUCGAUGAAGUACCUUCGCCGCGUCCAGUACAACUCGUCGAUUCUCGGCGACACGAUUUCCAAGCUGGGCGAAGUGCACCGUUCCUCCUCGGCGCCGGCCGCGGCCACUUUAACAUUCUUAGUCCUCAACUGCGAGCACGUCGCCAACUGGUGCAAGACGGGUCGGCUCUUUGCCAAGCAGAUCUUUACGUCCGGGCCGACGUCGAUCCCGUACGAGCGCCAGCGGUCCGUGUCGCAGCACCUCGACUCGCUCGUCUCGCAGACGCUCUGCUCGCGCUUGAACAGUCUCGACCCGAGCACGAACCAGCGGCGGCGCGUCUAUCUCAAGCUCAAGGACACGACCAAGUACGUCCAAGUCCGCGGCAACCUCUUGUACGUCGUCGAAGUCGACUUGGCCGAGACCGAGCCACUUCUGCGGAACCUUCCGUCGCCGUUCUAUGCGCGCGCCGAGCAGACGGACAUCAACACGAUGAAGGUGACGUUCGAGGACGUCUCGAGCGGCCGCCUUGUGUGCUCCAAGGCCAAGUGCGUCAAGCUCAUUCGGCCGCGCAUCUACCACCGCGAGAACCUCUUCCGCUUCGAGUACGCGUACAACGGCGAGCUCCAAUCGCGCCGACUGCGCCGGUGGUACGUGGGCGUGCAGCCCAAGGACGGUCUCCUUCGCACGUCGGCGACGCGCGACUUUGCGUCCGAGUUUGAGCUCGUCGACGCCGACGCGCUUGAUAAGGACUUGGACGCGAGCGAGUGCAACCUCAAGCUGACGUACACAAGCUCGUCCGAGCUCGACGACCUCGACGACGAUGACGACGAGGGCGAAGACGACGAAGAGGACUCGGACGACGGCGACGACGACGAAGACGACGCCAAAAGAACCACGUAG